AUGGUCGAAGCGUCUGCGUUUUUGCGCUCCAUUGGUGUACGCCAGACAGAGGAGCCAUGGGUCUUUGAAGGCGUUUCGCCACCGCUCGGCAUGGGAAAUGUGCGUCCUAUCGCAUAUGGUGGCUACGCUAUAGCUACCGGCAUCGUUGCUGCUGGUCAAACAAUCCCGUCCACAACUCCGCAUUUUGUGCCUUACUCGCUUUUGGGUCAUUUCUUAGGCCCUGCGAAUCUCCAGCAUCCAUUUGUUUGCCAUGUCACAAGUGUGCGUGAUACACGCACUUUCGCUACUCGUUCUGUGCUUGUCAAGCAGCUCUCCAAGGGUGGCGAGUUCCGCAACGUGCUGUCGAUAACUCUCGAUUUUAUCGCAUCACCAAACUCAGAGCCUGAAAAAAUUAUGCAACUGCAUCAAGAGAACAUAGAUCCCUCAUGCGUAGGCUCGCUCCUGCGCUAUGAUCCCAUCACGCCCUGGAAGAUUGAACGGCCUGAGGAGCUUCCCAAGCCGCAUGAGUACACUCAGCAACGACUUGCAGACGGCUAUGUCGAUGAAUUUAUCGUGGAUCUACAGCACAAGAUCUUGGGCCUCUGGUCUGAAAUUUUCGAUACGCGGUCUGUGCCGAGCUGUAUGAUGCAACAGAACAGCAUCGGCAUGAUGGACGUGCCCACGACGCAGGACCGGCUCCCGCUCGUUCAGCGCCGCACAUUUGACUGGAUGCGCGCGCGCGAGAAGUUGCCUACAGCCAACAGUAUCGAGUGUGCACAUGGAACAGGAAAGCAGAAAGGUAUGCUUCCGAUCUCUUCCGUUAUUGCUCAUGUGGCUACGAUUGCCUUUGCCUUAGACGGCGCACUGUCUUUUGCGCCUCUGUCUUUGGCUAAGCAAAGUUUCUUGAGUGCUUCUGCCGCUUCGACGCUCGAGUUUGCCACGCGCUUCCACACAGAUGUGUUGGAUAUUAAUCAAUAUCUUUUGCGAGAAAUCCAGCCUAUCCACGCUGGCUGGCAGCGCACAUUCAGCGAAGCACGCCUGUUCGAUACGUCAGGGCGUCUUGUAGCCUCAUGUUCGCAGCAGGGUGUGAUGCGUCCGGCCGACGAGAAUGCCAUUGCAACGCCGCAGGUGCCACCUCCAUUCCGCCCAGCGCCGAAACUGUAA